AUGAUACAAAUGGUCCAGACUUCUGUCCAGUUUGGUGGUCUCCCUAAUGAGGAUCCUAACUUGCACAUAGUGAACUUCCUUGAGCUACGUGCAACGUUCAAGUUUAAUGGGGUGAGUGAUGAUGCAAUAAGAUUGAGACUGUUCCCUUUCUCACUAUGGGAUAGGGCAAAAAAUGCAGCAACAUGUGGUGCUUUCGUGAGUAAAGGGGCUGAUGAGGCCUAUGAAUUGUUAGAGGAAUUGGAUAUGAACAAUUAUCAGUGGCCUGCUGAACGAGACACCUCACAGAGAAAAGUAGCUAGGGUACAUGAAUUAGAUGCUAUUACUGCUUUAACUGCUCAAGUUGCUUCAUUGACAAAGCAGUUGCAACAAAACAUGAUCUCAGCUCAAGCCCAGGCUAUAUAG